AUGGCUAGUGCUGUUCAUGCUCAGCAACCUCCUCCUACGAAGAAGGCCCAUGUCCCUCGUUCUUAUCCUGCGCCUCCGCCCCAGACUGGCUCCUCGUCAAAGACGGACCCAUAUUACGGUCACGAAUACAUCGCCAACCUUUGCGCACGCUUCAUAACGCACCUAUUCGCAUGUCCACCCUUUCCGCCACAGUCAACCCAUUCGCAGGCGAAGCUCCCUUAUUUUAUUGCCUAUGCCUUACAUCGCACGAAGCUACACCAAGCCGUGACUUACGCCGCCCUUGUCCUGCUUCAGCGUCUAAAAGCGCGUUUCCCAACCGCACGUGGCUCCUCCGGCCAUCGACUCUUCAUUUCUGCCUUCAUGAUCGCCUCAAAGGUCAUCUGCGACGAUACCUACUCAAACAAGUCCUGGAGCAUCGUCGCGCAAGGCAUGUUCUCGCUACGAGAAAUCAACCAAAUGGAGCGGGAGAUGUGCAAUUACCUCGACUGGGAACUUACUGUCGACAACCCGAUCCUGAGCAACUUCGAGACGAUGGUCCAGCGCGACUUCCCGCCGAACUCCAAGGGUCCCUAUCCCACGUACUCCCUCCACAUGGUUUCGAAACGUGCAGCCAAAGCGGCAGCCUCAGCGUCCAACACGCCGAUACCAGAACCCAACUCGACAACGAGUCCUAUUCCCUCAUUUGGCCAGCAGCAGCGGCAAGCUACGCCAACGAAACCUUACCCGCCGCCGAUUAUACCCCCACCAUUGUACAAGAAACCUGCUUCCCCUACCACUCCAGAAACACCGGGUCACAGUCACUCGGCGACGACAUCUCCUGCUUCGUCGGUCUCCCCACCGACACCCACGGGUCCUGUCGACCUUACAGCCAAGAUUCACGACGCAAGCAACACCAAGGGCUUCGAGACAUCCGGAAGCCUACGGAUAGCUACCGAACUCCCGCCGACUCACCCACUGAAAGCAAAGAUGUUUGCUUUCGCUGCGCCUGCCAUCUGGUAG